AUGAAUUACUUGUCUACUCAAAAAACGGCAGUAUUCGAUGCUGUGAAAAGAUUUUAUGAAGCCACACACGAGGUGCUCGAGGUUCCAAUUGUGGGCACGUUGAUGGCAGCUCUCCUUUUCAACGUGGAGCCACUCGCGUUUUAUCUGAUCACUGAACGUGCAUCCCAGGCAUUUCUCGAUCCAACCGAGCCUGGCUUGAUUGAGAUCACUUUCGAUCAAUUCUCCUCAAUCAUCCCAUAUGUGAAUGGAUUAUUUCUUGGGACGCUAUCUCUGUCAAUCCUGACAAAUUGCAUCGCCAUCUAUCACUCGGCCAGAAAUAACGAAUUGAUAUCAGCGAUCAGACUGGUGGCCACAGCUGAGAACGUGAAUCGCCUUCUCUACACGAUGAGUCUGGCCAUUGUGAUGGGUUGUUCAUCGCUUAUGAUCCCUGUUUAUAUGCUCAAAAUAUUGAUCGCAUUCACGAUAACCAUCGAUUUCUUCACUUACCGCAAAAUAAAAAAGUGGAAGAAAAAUAAAGUGUCACCGGCGGAGCAGCGUCUAAUGAAACAGAUGAUUCUCAGUUCUGUUAUUUAUUUCUACCAAUAUGUGCUCACAAAUUUGUUGAUCGUUGGGCAAUAUCUAUUCAUAGGCGCUUGGCUUCAAGCAGCUAUUUUUGUGGUUUUCGCUUACAUAACAACAACUCUAUUCACUUUGGGACAAAGCACGAUCAGCAUCAUAUUUCUGAAGAAAACUUCAAGAGACGAUGCCGAACGCUCGACAGCAACACUCAAAUCGAUCACCGUUUCACCGAUCACCAACACACAAAGCACCAAUCGAUUCCCUUCCCGUAUCCGCCAU